AUUUUUAUUAGUGAUGGCUGAGCUAGAUGAGUUAGAGCUUGAAAGGAUAUGUUUAUUAAUCUUUCCUGACAUAUUCCGCUGCUGUAUAUUACUAGGAAUGGAGCUGUCACUCGUAGAAACUGUAUUGAACAGCAAAGACAGCUCUUUCAUGAAGUGCAGGACGUUAUUGGAAAGAUGGAGAGCUACUAUAAGGCCAGAUGAUGAAAGAAUGCAUCUCAUUAAAGUUCUGCAAACUUUGAAGUACAAUAAACUUGCAAGCUCAAUCCUUCCGCCAGUAAAACAGGACAGUGACACAACAGUAGAUGUACAACCAAGUGAUUGUGAAGAACUGAUCAAAGAAGAUUUGGAUUACGUUUGUGUGGAGUGUUCAAGUGAUUGGGAGACAUUAGCAGUACACCUUGGUCUCCCUCAGACUGAAACUGAUGAUAUUAAGCAAAGAAAUGGAACCACUCUUUACCACAAGAUGUAUCUUGCUCUACACAGGAAGUCAUUAAUGGACCGUUUCAACCGCAGUGACCUGGUAGCUGUGUUGAGAAGAAUGGGGAAAGGAAGAAUAGCAAGAAAUAUAUCUGAAAGAAACUAUUGACCAUUAUACAUACAU